UGUAAAUGUGUUUUUUUCUUGUACUCUGUCAAAUAAAAACCUUUAUUUAUAUUUACCUCAGUGAUAAAACUCACCAAACAAGCGGCUCCUCUGUCCCUGUGAGUCCUUGUGGAGUUUGGUGCAGCGAGAGCAAGUGGAACAAAAGCAGAAAAUAUGUUCUUUAGAUUUCACAGAAUCAAGCAGGUGCUUUUAUCUUUAUUAAAUGAGCCUUUCAUUGUGACUAAAAUCACUUUGUCCCCUUUCAAGCCUUGAAGAUAAGGGUUAAUAACAUGAUGGAUGAGUUAAAAUAAGAUAGAAAAGAAAUGUUUUAUGAAUGUGUGAUUUUCUGUUUUUGAGUUAUGAGAUUAUCCACAACUUUGUGAGAACUCUCCUGCAAAGGAACUGCAACACUAAACAUCUACAUUAUUUCCAUGUUGGGAAUAAAAGAGUGUGUUGUGCUGCUGUAUUUGUGUCUGUGGUGCUGUGACGGCAACACGGUGAGUAAAAGUUUGACUCCUUUACAGAAUCUUUUUCUACCGUUUUCUAAAACUGCUGAAUGAGUUAAUUUCAUUGCCAUCACUGGAGUCCGUGUUUGCACCAAAGCAUGAAUUCCACUGGUUACACAUGAUUUGUACUCUUGCCAUAUAUUCACCUCAAGCUUUCACUUCUGCAUGAAUACAUCCUGCUUCUCAUCGCUGCACAGACGUGCAGAUCGUCUCCGGUUUGCACCUGGACUGAAGGCUGCCUCGUCUGCCUCCUCGUUACAAAUCAAAUCAUCUGCAUGCAAUGGCUCUUUGGAGAAGUAUCCUCAUCAUCAGUCACAUUCUUCCUGUGGUUAGGACUUUAAACUUCAAGUUCUUCCCAUGUGACACUGAUGAGAACGGCACCACGGUGGACUGCAGUGAUCGACCGCUCAGGAACAUCCCCUUCGAGUCCAGCACUGUGGAGUCACUUGAUUUGAGUAGAACAAAGGUACUGAAAGUGGACCAGCAUUCUUUGGCACGUGUCCCAAACCUCCACACUCUGAAAAUAAUGGACAAUUGUCCACCGGGUCGAAUGAAAGACGGCAGAUGCAAAAUGGACAUCCAAUCCACUGCCUUCAAGGGCCUUAACCUCAAACAUCUGUACUUGUCUGGCAAUAGCCUCACCUUUAUACCCUGGUUACCUAAAACCCUGAAGGUCCUUGAUCUCCGGAACAACCACAUCUUCCAAAUUACCGGAUCUUUGAACACUUCAAAUCUGGAAGAGCUCUUCCUCAGCGGAAACUGCUUUUAUGCAAAUCCUUGUAACUGCUCCUUUUACAUCAGUGAGACAGUUUUCAGAGGGCUCCCUAAACUCAAAAACCUCACAUUGGGCUACAAUAACUUGACAGCUAUCCCUAAAGGACUCCCACCGUCUCUGGAGAGUUUGGAUUUUAAAGAGAACACAAUCCCAGAGAUCUUAGACGGAGCAUUCGCUAACUUGACUAAGCUCAGGUAUUUGAAUUUGGAGUGGAACUGCCAGCGUUGUGACCAUGCGGCCAGGCCCUGUUUUCCUUGCCCUAAAAAUCACCCGCUAAAUCUUUCCUCAAACUCACUGUAUGCCGAGAACAGCUCCAUCACCUAUUUAAGCCUCAGGGGCAACUCCCUGACAACAUUUCCAGAAGGUCUUUUCAGACCUUUGACGAGGUUAAAGAGGUUGGACCUCUCUGACAACCUUCUGGCAUAUGUGAUACAAAAUGGCACCUUUUUCAAGGAGUUGAAGGGCCUAACCUGGAUUAGCCUAAUCUACAACUAUCAACCCCUGAAGACAUUUUCUGAACUGCUUCUGUCCCCACAUAUUGGUGAUAUAUCCGGUCUACAGUAUCUCCUCCUGAGUGGGAACUUCUUCCACAAGCUUUCGCAUCAGAGCUUUGGAGUCCUGUCCAAACUCCAAAAUCUAACAAAACUUGAACUGAGGAUGAACUUCAUCAAUCAGUGUGACUUGUCAGCUCUGACAACAUUACCGUCUCUCAUUGACAUCGACAUCUCCCAAAACAUGCUCGCUUUCCUUCCUUGCAGCUCAGCUCCGUCGCCUCUGACGGAGAUUGUGGCACAGAAAAGCUCCUCCAAUCAGGACAUGUAUGUGCACGAAUUCCACGAGCAACGCGUCGUCGUAAGAGAUCGGGAAGUCGCGGCUGGAAAUGAGAUCUGGGAUCCCGACCGAUCAAAUGUGCUGGAAACUUUCCAGAACUGUGGUUCGCAAUUUCCAUCACCAUGGGACUUUAGAACUCAUUUCUGCCACCGAAAAUUAACAUUUGACCUUUCGCAAAAUGAAAUUAUAUCCCUUAACAAAAAUGUGUUUGUCGGCAUGGAGAAGGCCGUUUGUCUUGACCUUUCCUUCAACUACAUGAGCGAGACGUUGAGGUACGGGCAGUUUAGCAGCAUGAAACAUUUAGUUUUUCUCAAUAUGUCGUACAACAGACUUGAUCUUUAUCAUGUCGAUGCAUUCAGUGAGCUGAACAGGACUUUAAAGGUGUUAGACAUUAGUAACAAUAAUUUCCACUUCAAAAUGAGGGGUAUGGGCCACCAUUUUGGGUUCCUUCAAAAGCUGCCCAACUUGGAAGUCCUAAGCCUGGCAAAUAAUGACAUUGGGAUGAGAAUUGAUCGAAGGCUGAGCAGCAACUCUGUGAGGUACCUCUACUUCAACGGCAAUCACCUGGACAUCAUGUGGGAAUCUGAUCACACCAUAUACACCCAUUUCUUCCAAAACCUGACAAACCUCACAUACCUGGACAUCUCUGACAACGAUCUGAUCUCCAUCUCACCAAAAGUGCUGUGCAACUUUCCAGGAAGCAUCAAGGCCCUCAGGAUCAGCGACAACAUGCUCAAAUAUUUUCCAUGGCAGAACAUCUCGGCGCUCAGCAGUUUGUGCUACCUGGACCUCAGCAGCAAUUUUCUCUCUUAUUUGCCCAAAGAAGUCGUAGAUUUCGGAGCCAAUUUUAUUCUUUUGGAUCUCAGUUUCAAUCGCAUCUCCUACAUCCCUGAAGAGUUCUUGAGUAGGGCAAAAUCCCUGCAGUAUCUCUACCUCAGCCACAACCAGAUCAAAGAGUUGGACCGUCAGUAUCUCCCAGCUCCUUUCAAAAACGGCAGCGCCCUCAGAGAACUCACCCUUCAUGCCAACCCCUUCAAAUGCGAUUGCGGUACUUCUUGGUUUGCAGACUUUUUGGGCACUACCUCGAUAAAGAUUCCUUAUCUCACCACUCACAUUCACUGUGAGUUCCCAGAGUCCCAACAAGGCAAGAGCAUCUUAUCUGUAGACCAGCGCUCCUGUCAGGACGGCGGCAUAGCUUUUGUGGUGUGUUCCUUCUUAACUGUGAUGUUCACUGCUCUGCCUCUGCUGAAGCAUCUGUACGGCUGGGACAUGUGGUACUGCUUACAGCUGCUGUGGGCAGGACAUAAAGGUUAUUCCCAGUUGGCUGGCACCGACUCACACAAUCACUACGACGCAUUUGUUGUGUUCGACACCACGAACAAGGCGGUGAGCGAUUGGGUUUACAACGAAUUAACUGUCAAUCUGGAGAACUGUGGCCACAGGAGAUUUAGUCUGUGUUUGGAAGAGAGGGACUGGAUCCCUGGACUUUCAUGUAUCGAGAAUCUUCACAAUGCCGUUAACAAGAGUGUGAAGACGGUGUUUGUGCUGUCCAGCGUGGGGGAGACGGUGAAUGGUCUGAUCCGUCAGGCUUUCUUCAUGGUUCAGCAGCGACUUCUGGAUGAAAAGGUGGACACAGUGGUGCUGGUUCUGCUGAGCGAGAUGUUUCCCAAACUCAAGUACCUCCAGCUGAGGAAGAGGCUGUGCAGGAAGUCCGUGUUGACGUGGCCCAGGAACCCACGGGCACAACCCCUUUUCUGGAACAGGAUGAGGACGGUGCUGUCGUCCGAUAACCUGAAGUUAUACGACCAUAACAUGAGCGAGAGUUUCAUAUGACCGAGGUGAACCUUGACAUGACGCACACAUGAGAAUGAAGAGCUGUUUACUUGGCUGGUAACAAAUUCUUCAUACAUUUAAAUAAUCAAAAAUGGGGAAACAUGAUUUCCAUUUAGAAACAGGUAUAAAACCUUUUUUUAUUACAAAAAUGAAAACCAAAAUGUAAUUUUAAAUAACAAUUUUGUUGUCAAAAUUAGUCAUUUUAAUUUUUAUUGUUCCAUCUAUUUUUAUUUCAUCCCUUUUUUAGUUCUGGACUUUUGGAUUCUUAUCUGUGUUUUAUUUCCUCAUAUAAUUUAUGAGUGGCUCGUUUCUUUGGUUUGAUUAUUUAAUUAAGCCGCCAGGUUCACAGACCUUUAACUGAAUUAUUUAUUUUGACUUUUUCAUGUUUUCUUAUUUUGUUUCAAUAUUGUUCUUACUUUGAUUCAUGUUUACGGUGCUUUUUAAAAUUUAACCUUAUCAUGGAUUCUUUAUAUUUUGAACCCAGCUUCUUCAUUUGUACACUUUUAGUCAGUUUAUGCAGAAAGUUCUAUGGAGUUGUAGGACAGAUGACAUGUUUAAUAUUUAAUAUACGGUUUAAUAAACUUGGUGAGAUUUUAUGCCGUCGUUCAUACAUUUUAAUACGAUCCAUGAAGAAGAUUCAGGUGUAUAAUGGUAACGUUACAUGCGUGCUGGCACCUGCUCUGUUUGUACGUUCACUUCUCUAAGGUUUGCUGUGGGGAGGAACUGAAAGCUGAUUAUGUCUUACAGGUCACAUGUGGUUGACCUCAUCAGCUGCCUCCAUUCAAGUGUUUAAUGAUCAAAUUUGUUUUAAAAAUAAUGAAAAUGAAAAGAUGACAUAAAAGCCAGACUAAAACUA